AGGUUAGCAAUCAAAUGCUAGAACUGUAUGAACAAAACAGAUUACCGGCUUCUCAGGCAAGUGAAGUAGAAGGAAGUUCUGGUGCUGCGGUUAGUCAUCGAGCCCCUUCAAAAGAUCCUUAUGACAAUGAUGAACAUGCAACAAAUAAUAGUAAUUCUCAGGGUGGAGGUACAACUUCAAAGCCUGGAGCCUUGAAGCCAGCAUCAUCUCGGUCUGUCCCUGAUCAUUCAUACGCUGAUAGUCAUGGUGGGGUUUCGAAAACCAUCCAAAAUCGAAGCAAUGACUAUGGAAGCACCGAGAUAAAGAGUGUUUCAGACCAAAAAGGUGAUGGUGAGGUUGUUAAUCAACACCAUGAAUCAGAGCAGUCACAUUACCAGGAAAACAUGGAGGAAGUCCAAAAUUCUAGGUUUGGUUUGGAAGGACACAGUGAAGAAGAUCAAGAAAGGAACAAUGCUGGGAGACGUGAAACAAGAGAAGCCCAUGUCCGAAAUGUGGAGCUGAGAGAUGGUACACUUGGCCAGUCACCCCAAGAAGCUAUGAAAAAGAUUGACAAAGACAAGGUAAAGGCAGCACUAGAGAAACGGAGAAAGUCUCGUGGUGAUGUAAGUCGGAAGACAGACGUGAUGGACGAGGAUGAUCUCAUCGAGAGGGAACUGGAAGAUGGUAUUGAAAUGGCUGCGGAGAGUGAGAAGGUCAAGCGGGAGAGGAGGCAAAGCUGGUCCAAAUCUUCGAACUUGCCAGAUCAUGAGAAUACACAUCAAGGAAUGAAAGGGCAGUCCUCACAUGGACAAGAUUUUGAGAAUGUGGAAGAAGGUGAGCUGGCGGGAUUCGAUGAUGCUGGCCAUGGAUAUCGAUCACCAAAGUCGAGCAAUCGCAAGAGAAAGGCGGGAAGCCCACCAGACAGACCACUGGAGGGAAAGCAGCAGCGGCAUGAUUAUGUAGUUCCUGGGGCCCACCACCAUAAUCACCAUGUAUUUCCAGAAGAUAGAAACAGGUUGGGCAGAAUUGGAUACUCAGAACGGGAUCAAAAAAGGCACGUACCGGAAAGUCAUGUCUAGAAGGUGGUUACUGCUUGCCGGAGCGUGUCUUUGUAGCUUGCUCGAGUGUUCAAGUCUCUCUUGAUUCAGCCGCCAACAGGUAAUGAUUUCUAUGGUCAGGAUUAUUUAAGUACAAAACAUGGAGUUAAUUUUUCAGGCUGAUAGUUUGGUUUGUGCUUUCCCUAAGCUGGCUUUGGGAAAUUUGUAUGAAAGGAACUAUGGUGAUUAUCCAAGUUCAGUGGAUUUGUGGUGUUGGCUGUUGUUUUCUCUGGUUUUAAUCUCUUCAAAAUAUUUUAGACCGUGAAACACAAUUCGAUGAUGAGGUGACAAUUAUGAUGAUGAUAAUCUAUUGAGGAACUUUAAUGAUUUAAAUAGAGGCAGUUUUGAUGUUCUUUUCAAUUGUAUGUGCUGUACAUACUGAUAUUCACAGUUUGUUCUGAAAAUGCAUUUCUAAUCAUGUUUCUGUUGGA